UCCAUUUUUUCUUCUUGAAUAUUCACACACUCACAAGUAGUCUAUCUCUCUAGGAUUUCUGUUUUCAACUAUAUACAUGCAAAGAUAUAGGUGAAUUUGUACAUCAAAACCAUAGAUUUCAUAGUUCGAGAUUCAUAUAAACCAGAGAGAUAGGGAAAGGAACAGAGAAAACUGGGGUGGGUGAAGUGGAACCGAACAAAAAAGAACAAAAAAAGAAGAUAGGAAGGUUGUAGAGACAUGUUGGCUGGGUGUUCUAGUUCUACAUUGCUGUCACCGAGGCAUAGAUUGAGGAGUGAACCACCAGCACAAUUUCAAGCUUGCCAUUUCCCAAUGAACACACAGAGACUGGACUUGCCAUGUAGCUUUCCUCGCAAAGACACUUCACGCUCGCAGAGCAUUAGGCCGGUGGGCCUUUCCGUUGAAAAACCACUUGAAUCCAAGACCAGCAGCUGUUCUCUCAAGCCGACUAUCCGGCUACCGCCGUUGGCAACCAGCGCACAAUCGACAUUUGAAGGAAGGAGAGAGAUUAAGGAAAAGUUUUGGGAGAAGGAUAAGAGUUUGAAGAGGUUGGCAGAACAGAGUUUGGGUGAUGAUUCUUGCAUUAACAGGGUGAAGAGGAAGAAGGGUAGCAGUGAUAAUGGGAAUUCUGAUGAUGGUUUGGGGUUGGGUCCCGAGAAUUUCUGGUUUCAAACAAGCUUCACAGGCCAAAACCCUCCUCAUGUUCCUUUCUCCCUGACUUGUUCAGGGGAUGAAGAAAGGGUCUGUUUUGUGCCUGGUGAAGUGAUAUCACCUCCUUUGCCUCUUUCCAACACUCCCUGGAUCAAUUCAGUUAUUGAGAUCGCAGAGUUGGGUGAAAAGGAAGUUGAAACAAUCCAGGGACAGGGACCGGAAGCUUCAGGAUCAAGUACUUCGUCAGACAGCCAUAGCUUGGGCCUCAGAUUAAAUGACAAUGGCACGGAGCAUGAAGUUGGUAAUGGCUCGGGACAUCCUUAUCCGCAUGAAGGCGCCAGUGUGGAGGCCGGUCAGGAGGACAACGACAAUGGUGAGCAUCAGGGGUUUGAGCUUGUCAGCCUACUCACAGCUUGUGUUGAAGCAAUUGGAUCGAGGAAUAUGGCUCUAAUCAACCACUUCAUAGCUAAGCUGGGGGAUCUUGCUUCUCCAAGGGGAAGUCCCAUAAGCCGUUUAACAGCUUACUAUACAGAAGCUCUUGCUCUUCGAGUCACGAGGCUUUGGCCUCUUACUUUUCACUUGACUAUUCCUCGAGAGCUUGAUCGUGUGGAUGAUGACAAUGGGACUGCAUUGAGGCUAUUGAAUCAGGUAAGCCCGAUUCCAAAGUUUGUUCAUUUCACAUCGAAUGAGAUACUGCUGAGAGCAUUCGAAGGGAAAGACAGGGUUCACAUCAUAGACUUUGACAUCAAGCAAGGACUUCAGUGGCCUAGCCUGUUUCAGAGUUUGGCUUCUAUGACUAAUCCUCCGAGCCAUGUUAGAUUAACUGGCAUUGGUGAGUCCAAGCAAGAGCUAACUGAAACUGGAGACAGGCUUGCGGGAUUUGCUGAGGCAUUGAAUUUGCCUUUCGAGUUCCAUCCAGUGGUGGACAGGCUGGAGGAUGUGAGGCUAUGGAUGCUUCAUGUCAAGGAGAAGGAGAGUGUGGCUGUAAAUUGUAUGUUUCAACUGCACAAGACGCUCUAUGAUGGGGAUGGAGGUGCACUUAGGGACUUUUUGGGGUUGAUCCGAAGCACAAACCCUUCAGUAGUCAUCAUGGCUGAGCAAGAAGCAGAACACAAUGUACCCCAUCUAGAAACAAGAGUCUCCAAUUCAUUGAGAUACUACUCCGCCAUAUUUGACUCAAUCGAUUCUAGCCUUCCCUUGGACAGUCCGGUUAGGAUCAAAAUAGAGGAGAUGUUUGCGAAGGAAAUUAGAAACAUCAUUGCAUGCGAAGGAAGUGACAGGCAUGAAAGGCAUGAGAGUUUUGAGAAGUGGAGGAAAUUGAUGGAGCAAGGAGGGUUUUGGUGCAUGGGGAUCAGGGAGAGGGAACUGCUUCAGAGCCAAAUGCUGUUGAAGAUGUACUCACGCAACAACUACAGCGUCAAGAUGCAAGGGCAGGAUGGCGCAGCACUUACUCUAAGUUGGUUAGAUCAGCCACUGUAUACAGUCUCAGCUUGGGCACCAGUUGAUGUUGCAGGCAGCUCAUCCUCAUUUUCUCAGCCAAGUUGAUCGAUUGCAGCAGCAGACUUCUUUUUCUUCACACAUUCAAUUACUUUCCAUACAAUUCUUGCAUACAGAAAAGGAUACAGAAUUCUUUGUAGGUAGAGAAUCGGUCAUUACAAUUCUUUCAUUCUUUUCUUGCAGAUAAGAUAUUGUCAGUCAGAUUGUAGCUUCUUCAUACCAAAAUGUCAGUUCUUUUUCAUACCAGAAUUCUAGCUUCAGUAUGUAGUAUUCAAAGUCAAAUUUGUGUUUAUUUAUUGAUUCUUAUGUAUUACUAGUAUUAUGAAUGAAAUACAGUUCUGUCA